ACAAAAGGUUAGGUAUACCCACUCUCUGCAGUAAGCCUCAGUACGAACGCGGCAGCUGUACGAACUACAUCACGCUAUACCUAAUAAUAUGUAAGUAGUUUUUUUUCGAUUUUAUAAUUUAUCCCCUUCCCAUUAUGCUUAAAAACCACAUUCUAGUUAGUUUGCCAAUAUUAUAUUAUAAGUAUAUUAUGUACUGUAUACUUAUAUAAGGCUAUAAUGGUAAGUGUUCAUAUUUGGAUAAAAAAAAAAUUAUUUUGAAAAUUGGUAGGUAACAGGCAGUUUUUAAUUUAGGAAAAACCAACAUUAUUUUAUAAUAAUUAUUGUAGGUAAGUUUUUGAAAAAUAUGUAUAGUGUACACUAUACACUUUUGACAUUUAUUCACAUUUGCAUUUAUUUAUAGGUAUACACUGGUACAAAAGUAUACACUGUAUAACUAUGUAUUUCAAAUGAAAUAGAUAAUAUAGACAAGUAAAUAAAUAUAUUAUUAAAGAAAAGUAUUUUUUAGAAUAGCCUUUUUAUCUAUUUUUCGACCAGUUUUGACUCCCUGUGAUAACCAUAAUAAAAUAAAAUAUAUAUUGAUACCCUAUUCGAUAUAUUGUAUUGUUUAUUCUAUUAUUCGUGCGAUUUAUAACAUUUUAUUAUGAUUGGUUUUGCCAAAAUAAAAAAAAAAAAAAAAACAGCAGAUUGUGAUUAUAUUUUAUUGAUUAUGUUUGCCUGUGUUGAAACCGUAUUUUUGAGUUUACGUAUUAUAUAAUAUACAGUGAUCAUCUACGGAAACGUUGAGUUAAUUCGGUUUUGGUUGUUUUCGGACAUUUUAUAGAAAUACGUUUUGGUAUGUAGGAUAUUAUUUACAAUAUGUUUAGAAUGGUGUCCUUAUUCCAUAGGUUUAUCCUGUUGAACAUUAAUAUUGGUAUGAAUAUGAAAUUGAUUACCCUGACUCUUAUGGUCGAACAUUUUUAAAUUGUUACAAUAUAAUCAUUAGUUAUAACUCAUUAGCGGUAUAUAUACACAGACCCGUCGUAAGAUAUUUUUCGCCCUAAAGCGAACAUUUUGAUGCCGGUCUUUUUUGACGAUUGUUAAUUUCAAUUUGAUUAAAAUUGUAUGCCGUCCUAAAGUAACGCAUGGCUUGCUUGUACCCUAGCGACGGGUCUGUAUACCCAUAUUCACAUAUUAUAUUAUAUCAAAAUUGUUAUAAUGCAUAAUGAUAAUAUAAUACCAACAUUUUUAGAAAUAUAUUCCCUCUCCGAAUCUCAGUUAAUGUUCGAAAAUCUACUACGGCAUAUAUAUGUUUUUAUGAUGCCAUUUAUGGAAUUAGGGUAAAAUUUAAAAAAAUAUUAUUGAUAAAUAAGAUUGUUCACCAAUAUAAAUGUCUGAAUAAAAAACUAAAAUCUUCGUAUGAUAAUCGCCAUUUUACGAUAUAAGAAUCACUCUGUAGUCUGUACUUUUAUAUUAUUCAGUGCAACGGCCGUUGCACGCGCUUAGUAAAAAAAAAAAAGAAGUGUAGCGAAUGAAAAUGUAUAUUAUAUUGAAUUACAACGUUCUCAUUUAAACACAUGUAAAAUGGCUUAUGUUUUUUUGCGCAAGCAUUACUUUAAAACUACAGAAUCAAUUAACUUCUAAUUUAUGUAAAAACAUUGAAAAUAUUACUGAGAGGUGCCUUUUUUUAAUUUCAUGCAAAUUAGUACACGUUCAAAAUUUUUACCAAAAAAAAAUAUUGAUAUGGACCAAUAGGCUUAUGUGUAAAUUAAAAUUUCCUUUAGGUGUUGCUAGAAUGCAAUUCGAAAGUAUUCUGAAAUAAUACAAAUUAUGUGCAACUAACAAUUGAUCAACUAAAAAAAAAAUGUAUCGUAAAACAAUAUUUUCUGAGUUAUUCAUGUUAAAAUUAAUAGCAAAAAAAGGGUGAUUUCACAACAAAAACUUUUAUAAACAUGCAUUUCUUAAGAUGUUCUAUAAUAUGUAAAAAAAUCCAGCUUUUGGGAAUUAUUUCUGAGAAAAAAUCUUAUUGACUGUGUUAACUGUUGAAUGUACUGCAAACAAUGUAAACUAAUAAUGAUAAAACUUGCCUGUUAAAAAAGAAAAGAAAAAAAAGCUGAUAUCGUUAAACAAUGAAUUAUUUUAUUAUAUUUGCUCACUUUAAUAAUUCGUUAUGUAAAUAGGUAAUAUUAUCAUUAUUAUUCUAUACAGUAAAAAUGAGAACUUUUAUGAUUAAAUUACAAAUGAUUGGUAGUACUUGUCUAGGUAAUAUAAAAAAAAUAAACUUAAUAAUAAUAAUAACAAAAAUGUAUUUUCAUAUAGCAGGAAUGGCAAACCCAUGGCACGCAUGCCCGAGGUGGCACGCGAAAAGAUUUUGAGGGCACGCGAAAAAUUAAAAUAUUUUUACUAUAAAAUAUAUUAUAUAAUAUUAUAAUAGGUAAAAAUAUUUUGAGCAUACGGCUUUUAUCGGUCAAUAACGAUUAUUCAAUUUUAUCUGUAGAUAAAAUAAUAAUAAAUAAUAUAUAACAUUGCGAGUACCAUACGGAAAGAAAAAUUCGUUAUACCGAGAAAUGAAUUAGAAGAAAUUCAGCGUGAUAGGGGCGAUAGACAAAUUGAUCGUAAACAUAGGGAACACGAUUUUGAAAGUGUGAAAUGGAAUUCCAAAAGAUUAUUCCACCUUAAAAAUAGUAGCAUUAGCUGUUUUGUCUAUUUUUCGAGUUUUCUUGAUAUUUGUGUCUGUGUGCGACUAUAUUUGUUAUUGUGGAUGUUGACUGUCCAUUAUAAAUUUCAAUUAUACUACCCGUUGACUAUUCCGUAUUUAGUCUCAUUAAACUGAUGCAAAUAAUUUAUUGGAAAUAAUAUAUUCACACACACUGGUAAGUAUAUUUUAAUGACUACAAUAAUAAUAUGUUCGUAAGUAGGCAUAUUAAGUUACGUUUCCCGCUUCUCAUUCUAGAUUGACUAUUUUGUAAUUUGUAUAUUUAAUUUCACAAGGUAAUACAAAUGUGUAAGUCACCAUUGAAACAAAGUAGAGGAAAAUAACGUUAAAUUUGGUAUAUGUAUUUUUAACUGUAUAUUUUGUAUGUGACCCUGUCCUACGAAGGGGAAACAGGUUUUUGUGUACACCAAGUGUAAUUAUUAAUAAAUGACAGCAGUACAAAAGUAUCGUAAAAACAGAUCCCCCACUGUUGUUGUUUAUAUACUUAUAUAUAACGUGAAAAAAAUAAAAUAAAAAUACACUUAGAUGUUAACCUUCGAAAAUUCCUGAAUUUUGAAUGGAACGAGUCAAUAAUUAUUUUAUUUAAGAUUAUUCCUACUGAAAUUCUAUAUUUAAUAUUAAAUUUUCUGCAAAUUAUUCCGAGUCAUUUUAACGAAUAAUUUUACAUUAUUCAGAUUUAUAUUAUAAUAUAUUAUUAAAAUACAAUACAGGUGGUAUAUCACGAUCCAAAAAUUAUCCAUGAAGAUUUUGAGUAAAUUAUUUUUAAUGUCUUUUUCAUUAAUUUUUAAAAUAGUUUAAUAAUUGUAUUUACAAUAUGUUCAAAAUGUUACCAUUUUAUUCCGUACAUCAAAUUUCGAUUUUAAAAUUUAAAUUCUCCAUCGAUUAAAAUAAGGUUUAAAGAGAAAAUAUUUGUUAAAAAAUAUUAAACUGGAUACUACUAAUAAAGGUACCAUUUACGAGCUAUACAACUUUAAAAUGUAUAGACAGGAGAAGUAGAGAAGAACUAUUAUCUAACAAUGAAUACAUAAUUUUUACCCUUCUCUACUCUAAAUUUAAAUCAUAUUGUUUUCAUAUUUGUUUUGAAAUUAGGACGGUUUCCAUAUAAAAAUCAAAAUUCAAUCCUUAAUUCAGAUAGGUAUAAGGAGUAGGGGUAAACAUUUGAAUAUGGUGUUAAAAUAAGUCUUAAACAAUAAGCUAUAUCUUACCUCUAAUGAUUAAAAAAUAAAAACGGAAAUCAAAUUUAUUUUAAAUCCUCCAAGAAAACUACGAUAAAAACAAUAAUCUUGUAACUUGAAUUCAGAAUUGUCAUAUUAAAUUUGUUUAAUUUAGUAUGCCAAUCGAAUAUUAUAAUAUUGGUCAGAAUAUACUUGGAUGGUUUACCUUGUUUAUACAGGUUGAUUUUUUUUAUUAAUCAGCAAUUAUCUCAGAGGAUUUUAAGUGAAUUUGAUUUCUGUUUUUUCUAAUCAUUAUGGAAUCGUUUAAGCUUUAUUUUAAAACCAUUUAAAGUCAUAGAUAGGCAAUUUAUUAUCCUUCCCUACUCCCCCGGUUUAAACUUUAAACUUUUAUAACUCAUAAAUAAUGAGGUAAAUCUGAUAUUAGUAUUAUGCAUACCAAAAUUUCUAGAAAAAUAUUCUCUAUUAAAAUCUGUAUUCAAAAGGGGAGAGGUUCUAUUCGAAAAUUAAAAGUAUGAACUUAUUUAAGGUAUAUAGAGUAGGGGUAAAAAUUAAAAAUGGUUUUUAAAUAAAGCUUAAACGAUUCCACAAUGAUUAGAAAAAACAGAAAUCAAAUUCACUUAAAAUCCUCUGAGAUAAUUACUGGUUCAUGAUAAAACAAAAAUCACUCUGUAUUUUAAUGGGAUGUCUGAACGAUUUUCGUAGUCCGUAUUUAUAUAAAUUAUUUAUAUUAUAUUAUAGGAUAUUUUACACAGUGUGAUUACAUUUCCAGUGAACACUAAAUAUUUCGGCCGGAUGACCUUGGAUUUGAAUUCCGAAAACGGAAUACGUAUUUUAUGUGGUAGGGAGUAACGGUAUUAACAGUUACAUUAUUUUUAAUUUUGUUUUCUUUGUAGUAAUUUAGUUAAAAAAAACAACUUUUCUACCAGAAAACUUACUUGGAAGUAUAAACCAUAGCACAUUUUCUGGUAGGUAAUUUUUUAGUUUUAGUGUAUUUAGUAGGUUAUCUUUUGAUUUCCUAGUGGGUUUUUGAAAUAAAUGGGAAAAACCGAAAGAAAAUUAUAAGUAAAACUACAAAUACUUACGGGGCACCGUGAAGUUACCGUUUUAAUUGUUUUUAUUAUGUUAAUACGAUGUUUUCUACUAGAAACAUUUCUUCAAUUGAAAAAUGACAAAAGAUCGAUUUUGUUCCUAUGAAUAUUUCGCUAUUGAUAGAGCAAGUUGUUUUUUGAUAUUCAAAGUCGUUUCGAAAAUAUAGGUGUGGAUCCAGCCUACAUUAACGGGAGGGGAGGAUUAUAAAUUAGAUAUUUUUUUACUAUUUUCCUACUGGUAAAUAAAAGUAUAUAUAUAUAUAUAUAUAUAUAUAUAAAUGCAAUAAUUGCUUAUUAAUUAUAAUGAAUACUUUUUUUCAUAAACUGAAUUGAAUGUCUUUAUUGAAUUAUUUACAAUUUAAAAUUAACCUCCUAUUAUCAAAUACCUUUAUAAAAUUUCACAAUAAAAUACAAAUUUAAAUCUCAAAACAUAUAGUAGUUGUAAAUCAUAUAACAAAAUCCAAUCUUCUGUUUGCUGAUUGAGCAAAUAUGUCAAUGAGCCCCUACCGCCCCCUACUGCCCCAACUGGAUCCGCGCCCGCCUAAAUAAUUGGGAAAAACUAAAAAAUUAAAAUUCAUUACUAUUUACGGCAACGUAGCGUCCCGGUUUAAUUAUUUUAAUAUGUUCAAUUUAUGUUUUCUAUCAUAAAUAUUGCUUCAAUAGAAAAAAAAAAAGCUGAUAUCUACUGUACAACCUAGACACGUCAUGAGAUUUCUUCCUAUUUUCUAGCGACUCGAUAGUAGCUAGUUGCUCAAGCGAGGCGUCAGUUUUAUUAGACUUAAAUAUCAGUACUCUCAAAAAUCGUUUUUGAACUAGUUCAAUUUUAUUAAUUUGUCUAGCUUGGUAAAAAUUCCAAAUAACUGAGCCAUAUUCCAGAAUGGAACGGACUAAUAAGCAAUAUAAUAGUUUGAAGCAACUUGGGUUUUUAAAUUCUAAGCAGUUUCUUCUUAUAAAACCGAAUACUUUGAGAGCUUUAUUACACAUUAUGGUUAUAUGAUUAUUAAAUGAUAAGCCAUUUGACAAUAUAAUACCUAGAUCCUCUUUCUAGGUUACAAUCGCUAAUUUUGAAUUAUUAAUUUUAUAUUCAAAAUGGGUAUUUGUUUUUCUUCACCAAAACGUAAUUUGCCAGCAUUUCUCAGCAUUAACUUUUUGGGAGUUAUUUUUGCUGUAAUUCGGUUAUAAAUAUACGUAGAGACUUGAAAUAUGGUAUUAAUAUUUAUAUUGGACUUACCUAGACGUGGUAAAAUGUACAAAAUUGGUUGACUUUUUUUUAUAAUAAGCGUUUUGAAAUUAAAUUUAAACGAAAAUCGCAAAAAAAAUUACGGUACUUCAAAUUAUGUAUUACCGAACUGCGCUCGGAAUCGUCUUUCGUCAAGUAAUGGUUUAUCGUUGCUUAUAUAAAUGAAACAACCUUAGGUAUCCUACCUGCCUACAUUUUCACCUACAUCAGUGGCCACUCCCAUCCCCAGUAUCAGCUCUUUUUUAUAAUUAUUAAAAUGUUGUAUAACGUUUUGUAUACGUUGCCUUUUUCAGAUUCUAUUAUUUAUUAUAAAUUUUAACUCCGUAAAAAUAUAAAGUAUAGAAUAAUGCUUUUAAUUAAUACAACUUAUUAUUGAAAUAUAUUCUUGAGUGGCGUUUUAACAGUUUUGAGUAGACAGCUGACUGACUAUAUGGAUAUAUUUACCAACAGUUAUUGUGGGUCAUUUAUCAAAAUAAUCUCGUCAUUAUGAGAUUAUAGUUAAGUUAUACUAUUACUUUUAUUAUAACAAAUAUUAAUCAAAUCAUAUAGACUCAUGUAAUUUAAUGCGUAUUGUUAUAUUUAUAAAAAUAUUUAACUUAUGUUGUUUGUAAUUAAUUUGAACUUGAAAUGUCGUGGUAAAGAGGUAAAUAAAUACAGAUAUUACGGAAUCGUGUGACUAGAAAAAAACAUGCGGAAUCAUAUUUAUAAUUUAGUAACGUCGCAUUAGAAUACAAUACGGAGAUGGGUAGAAAAAAAGGUUGAAAAAAAUGUAAUAUCGAACAUUGAACGUGAGGAAUCGUGUUCUACCCUUAAUAUUUAUAUCUGUAACCAACGAUAAACUAUUGAUAACGAAAAACGAUUCGGAGCGAAGUUCGGUUAGGUUAGGCCGUAAUAUUUACGAUUCACGUCAAAAUUCGAUUUUAAAACUUAUAAAAAGAAUAUUAUAAUGUACUAUAUUUUAUUUUUUGAAACAAAAUAAAUUUUUUUUUUCCGUUCUCUACCCGACGUGGUUUUGCCAAACAUUUUUUUCGGAACUUAGGUUUGAAUUCAAAACCCCUGGGAUAUCAACAGGUAAGUACAACCAUUAAACUACGAUAGAUAUCCUAUAAAAUUGACAAUAUUAAGUCUAAAAUUGAUUUAAAAUCUUAAAAAAUUUGAAAAAUCCGCAUGGACCAAUUCCACAUAAUUUUAUACUCAAAUAAUUUUCGUUAAAAUUUGAUAUUAAAAUUAAUUUGUAAAAAAAAAACAUACUAAUAAAUAGUACUAAGCUCAUUUUUUUUUUAACCACAAAGUACGGCUCUCAUUAAAUUUUCAAGCAUUUCUGUUUAGAAUUUAAUAUCCGUAUUUUUUAAUGUAAUUCAGUUUAAAAUAUUCAUAGAGAUUUAAAAUGUUGACAGAAAACUUAUCUUUACUUUUUCUAGACUUAAUAAAACUUUUGGGACAUUUGAGAAAUUGUUUAGCUAAUUAUAGACAUUUUAAUUUUAUGAGUUUUUUUACACAAUUUUUAUUUGAUAGGUACUCUUUAGGUAAACUGUUAGACAUAAGAGAAAUACUUGAAAAUUUGAUAGGAGGUUUAUUAUAAAUUGUACUCAUUGUUUAACAAGAAUAAGUUGAGUUUAAUGUUGUAUAUAUUUUUUUUUAGAAGAAUUUUAUUAUCAAAUUUUGACGAAAAUCGUAAAUAUUGCGGCAUUUUAAACAUAUAUAACCGAACUCCUCUCCUUUUUCGUUAGCAAAGAUUAAUCGUUUCGUACAGAUAUAAAUCAAAUUCCCCUCUAUAUCCUACCUUUCCAAUAUCUCACCUACAACAAUGGCCCACCUAUCGUGCGAAGAAUGUCCGUAUUUUUAUAAUGUUCUCUAUGCAAUUAUUUCACUCAAUUUAAUGGUGACAUUAGUUUAUGUAUUUUUGCAAUUGAAUUUACUUGUAUUGAAAACUGUACAAAAUUGAUUUGAGCCCUUCUUCCUCGGGAUUAAAAAUAUAAAAUUAUGUAUAUUUAUUAUUAUUUUUUUUUAGUUUAUUAUGUGGUGGGUUUAUAUCUCGUGCUUUUUACUAUAUUUGAGUGCCGUAUCUUGUGAACCAGUGAUAAAAACCGCAAAAGGUAAAAUAAGAGGACAAAUUUUAAAAUCGAGAUAUGGCCGAGAUUAUUAUUCGUUUACUGGUAUUCCUUAUGCAAAGCCUCCUGUUGGCGAGCUCAGAUUUCAGGUCAAUAUUAUUAUUUAAACUCUAGUGAAAAACAAUAUUAUAUAACAGUAAUAUGUAUUAUAUUUGUACAGCCUCCUGUAGAAAUCGAUCCAUGGGAGGGUAUUUGGGACGCUAUAAAUGAUCCGAAAAUCUGCGUUCAAAAUAACCAUUUCUUCCCUAUAAUGAGAAGCUUAAUUCACGGGCAGGAGGAUUGUUUAUACUUAAACAUUUUCACUCCCGAUUUGAAUAAAAAACUUCCGGUUAUGUUUUGGAUACACGGUGGAGGAUUUCUCGCCGGCCACAGCGCACCUGAUUUGUACGGACCCGAUUAUUUUAUGGACAAAGACGUGGUUUUCGUAUCAUUCAAUUAUAGACUGGGAUUAUUCGGUAAGAUUUUUAUUGCUUAGGUUUUAAUAAUUAUAUAUUAUAUAUAUUAUUAGUAUUAGAAGUCGAACAAAUAUUGUAAUUGUUUUUUUUUUUCUAGGAUUUAUUAGUACCGAAGAUGACGUGAUACCGGGUAACUACGGAAUGAAAGAUCAAGUCAUGGUAUUACGUUGGGUUCGAGAAAAUAUUGCGAAUUUUGGCGGUGAUCCCGAACAGGUAACGAUUUUCGGCGAAAGCGCGGGAGGUGCUUCUACAGGAUACCAUCUAUUGUCACCAAUGAGUAAAGGUCUUUUCCAAAAAGCUAUACUCCAGAGUGGCACGCCUCUGUGCUGCUGGGCUCUAUCGUCACCCGGAAUAAUACGAAAACGUACUGAAGCCGUGGCCACUAUUGCUGGAUGUUACGCCAAUUCUUCUUUAGAGAUAUUAAACUGUUUGAAGAAAAUACCAGCUUUUUAUCUAGUCGAACUUCAUAAUAAGUUAUUCGUAAGUAUUCUGAUUCUGAUGUUCAUAUCUUCGUUUUUCCAUUAUUUUUGUCUUUCUUUAUUUGUGGUAAAAUUAUUCAUCUAGUAAUUACUUAUUUAUUCACAUAAUUAUUUAUUUAAUUAUUAUCAUUAAUUGUAUUCUAUACUUAAUUAAAUUAUGCUGAUGCUAAUAUUCUAACAAUAAUAUAAUAAUAUAAAUAAAUUAACAUAAUAUUUUACACAUGAUUUUUAUAUUUUAGGAAUGGAUUAAUAAUCCAUCCAUACUAUUUCCUCCUGUGGUAGAAUCGUGCAAUUCGAACCAGGAAGCGUUCCUUUGCAAUCAUCCGAUUACCGAGUUCAAACAAGAAUCGAAUGUGCCCACUAUUAUCGGUUUAAAUUCUGGCGAAGGAGGCUUAUUUGUUGCGAGUAGGUAUUAUUUAAUCUUUUUUAAUAUAUGAUGACAUAUAAAUAUAAUACUACAGCUACAUUAUAAUCCCAGUGGCAAGUAGAAUAUUUUUUUUUGUGUGAGACUCGACGUAUAUCUUUAUUUAUCAUCCUCUUUUUGGGAAGCCAUAUAAUCUCGGAAUGUAUUUGCUUGGACUGUAUAAUUCCGGAACAAAAGUGUAUUUUUACGGAAUGUAGGAUUGCGAAAAAGAAAAUUUAUGAACCGUAUAGUCACGGACCGUAAAAACCCAGAAUCGAAAAAUAUGCAUAAUUGUACGGUUUGUCUGUUCCCGGAUUGUUAACACUCAGAAUGUAUUUUACCGGAAUAUAAAUCGAAUUAAAUCGAAGUAAAAUCCGUAUUAUUUUUGGUUUGUAUUUUUUCGGGAGAAAAAAAUUUAGAAACCGUAUUACAGUCACGGACAGUAUAAUUCUAGAAAAAAUGUUAAACACUUUCUUUUCAAUAAAUACCGUCUUUUCGAUAAUAAUUAAUGAUUAUAUCAAUUUAAAUUUGUUAUUAAAUUUAUUUUCAUCAAACAUGUUAUAUUAAUUCACAUAAUAAUUGAUAAGUAGGUUUAUUAUAGGUACCUAUACCUAAGUAACAUAUUUUAAUUGUUCAUACUUACUAACUAUACGACAUUUACCGAUUAUACGGUAUUUACCAGUUGAAUGGUAUUCACCGGUUAAGUAGUAUUUAGCGAUUGAACGGUAUAACGGUAUUUAAAAAUACUGGUAUUUGUGAAUACCUAAUAUGUACAAAAUUAGAUACGAUAUUGUUCUGGAGGAUAUGAGUGCGCUUAUCUAUGAAAUUGUAUAGAACAGACAAAGUACUGGGAUUAUUUUAGAUUCUGAGUGGAGCGAAGAAGGUUAUGGUUUUACAAAUAUGUUUAUUUUUUUUUUUAAUAUAAUGUAAAUAACUUUUCUAUCAGAAAACAUAAAUAUGUUACCUUUUCUGAAAGGAAAUUCGUUGUGGGGAGGUACUUUAGAGAGGUCAUUUUUUGAUUUUCUUAGGAGUUUUCUCAACGAAUUUUAAAAACCGAAAAAAACGGGAAAAUAUAAAAAAUGUAGUAUUAGUUACAUAUAAAUAGAUACAUAACUAUGUAUAUGGGCGAGAUCGUUUUGAUCAAAAUCGUACCCUUCCCUUUUCGCCAAUUCAAUUUUCAGCCAAAACAAUACUAAUUUACUAAGUAUGUUAUACAUAUUAAAAAGUAUAAAAUAUUCAAAACGAAAGUUUAAUUUACACAUAUAAAUAAGAUUUAUUAACGGUAUUUUUAUGUUAACAUGCCAUAUACAUACUUAUAGUUUUAAACAAUUUAAUCAUUUGUUAUGAAGCUAUGAUAGUCAUGAAAAUCCGUUAAUAUUUAUUAUUUUAGUAUUUAUAAUAUAAGUAUCAGCUUUUGUGCCCAAACAAAACUAGCUUUACCGUUUAGCGAAUAUCGAAGGCUUUUGAGAACAAAUAGGUACUAAUGGUUUUUUCUGUAAAUAGAUAUUUUUAUUUUCUUAUAUUAUUAUUAUAGAUUAUCUUUCUUACUGGCAAUCUUUCUCACCUAUACAUUUUUUGUUUGGCCGAAAAGGGAAGGGUACGAUUAUUUUAGUCAAAAAGGGAAUUGACCUUUUUUUUAAAUUUGGCCGAAAAGUGGAUCGGCUUAAAAGGGAAGUGUACGAUUUUGGUUGAAAACGGUUAUGCCCAUGUGUAUGCAUGUUGCUAUAAUAUUAUUGGUACCACUUCGAUUGACGUUGAUGAUAACCGUUUACUGAUAAAAAAUAACUAUUGCUUUGUUAGAAAUAAAUGAAAACAAAUCCAAAUAUACCGUCCAGAAGUAGACAUUCCUAAAGGGGACGUAUUUCUAGCAUUCCUUGCUUAAUUAAAUGAAAGGGUACGCUGAAAUCUAUGAAAAAAAGCAAGAAGACUUCGUCCGCUUGUGUUCUCCUCAAUUUGAGCACUGGUAUAUCUAUAUACAAUAAUAGUUAUCAAAAGUUGAAACAAGAUAAAAAUGAAAUAUUAUAGAAGACCUAUAAUUACAUAUUACGUGCAAUAGCACGUAUAAACAACGUAUCUCAGUUGGACAUUAUGAUUACAGUAUUUUGAACCUAAUUAAUUCAAGUAGGUAUUGUGUACAAUUUUAUAUAGUUGAACUUCUUAUUAUUUUGGAUUAUGACGAUUAUGUAGACUUACAUUUUUAAAAAAGUUAUUUCAAAGUGAUGGGUUUUCUAAAAAUAAUUUAUUGUUAUUAUUGUUAUAUCAAACUUUAAUAAUCUAUCUAAUAUUAAUAUUUUAAAUCGGUUAUCGUAAAAUUAUUGAAGAAUAUAUAUUUUUAAUCCAUUUUAAUUAAAAGUUAAAAACAAUAGCAUUUUAAUUAUUUUAGAGAUUUAAUAAAUGAAAUAUAUUCAUGCGCUAACCUUGUGUAGUAUCUCAUAGAAAAACUAAUAUGAAUAAAUGUACCUAUACAUUUAUUUUUUCAAUAUCAGUGGUUUUGUUAAAAGUAUACUACUUAAAAUCGAAAAAUACGUUUUUUUAUAUCAAAAAAAUCAGACAAAUUAUGAGCAAAAACUGGUUAUAGGGCGUAUUUAAAUAUAAAAAAUUAAGUUGGUAAUAUCGACUUAAAGAUCUUGGUGCCCUUUUAAAAUAUAUUUAAAUCAGCACUAAUUUGUUAAAAGGGCGUUUACCACAUUUAAUGCGUGUAUACUUUGUGUACAAGGUAUUAUGUGUACGAGUAAUUUUAUUGUUUUCCAUGAUAAAUAUCAUUAUAAACUAUUUUUCUGUUUUUUUGCAAAAUAGUUUCUUUUGCUUCUUGAAAAAAAGUGAAAUUUGAUAGACGCCCGUUUAACCAAACACCGUCGAUAUAGUAUAAUAUAUUUAAAAAUCUGAAUUUAUAUGAAUUUAGAUUUAUACAACGAGACAUCGCUGUUAUUUCCGGAAUUGCAAACCGAUUUCAAUCGAUUAUUAGGCAGUUUAUUAACAUACAAACAUUUGUCGUUGCCCGAACAUUGGGACGAGAUCGGCGAUCGGAUAAUGACAAAGUACUUUCCAUCUGGAAAAAUAGACGACCACUUAAGCACAGUAAAUGUAUGUAUACUACACGAAACAUUAAAGUUCUUUUCUAGGUAAUUAAUACAGAUUGUCUUACAUUUUUCUUAUUUUUCUUUUACAGAUGUUAGGAGAAGGCACGUUUCUUCCAUGUGUCUACAGCAUGGCUUUAAAAUUGUCUUCGCCGUCCUAUAUAUAUCUAUUCGAUUAUCAAAAUGAGUUUUCGUUUAAUCAAUUUUACGGCGAAUGUAAAAAGCCCCUAGGAGUUAGUCAUGGCGAUGAAAUGAUCAGCAUGUUUCCACUAAAAGUCGUAAAUCCCAAUGGAUUAAACGAAAGAGACGAAGAAGUUUCAAAGCUAAUUAUUGAUAUUUGGGUCAAGUUUGCUUCAUCCAAGUGAGUAUAAUUUUUAAUAAUUUUAUUGCAGUUUUAUUUGAAUACUGAUAUACUUUAAAAUUUGAACACAAUAGUUUAGUACAAAUUAAAAAAUUCAUUUUUUUAUUUAUUAUAUAUUAUAUCUUUAUUUGUCAAUAAUUCAAUCUAUUGUGAGUAAAAUUUAGUGAAAAUAAUACAAACUUUGUAAUUUUGUAGUUUAAAUGAAAAUAACUAAAAUAAAUAACCAUAAUAAUUUAAUAUUUUAGGACACUUACUAUUGAUGGAAAGGACGACGGAAAAGCGUGGCCAGAAUUUAAAUCGAUUGAAAAAUUGUCUGUAUUGCACAUUGAUUCGGCCCGACCGAAACUCGUGCAAAAUCCAUUUGCGGAGAAAUAUAAAUUUUGGAAUGAAUUGCCUUUGUUCUCGCGUUUAAAACAAUUUACAUCAAAACCGAACGUUAAAUAUGAAUUAUAAUGAUUUGACUUAAUUUAAUUGAAUCAGUUUUAAUCGCAGAUUUAUAAUAUAAUGUAAAUAUCUAUCUAUUAGAUUUAUAAUUGAAAGUUUGUAAAUAAUGUUAUAAUAUAGUAAAGCGCGAGUAUUUGUGAUAUUAAUAGUAAAAUAAUAAUAUUAAUUUUUAGUUUUUACUAUUUUAUGUAACUUA